CCAAGAACAAGCGGUUUUGAGCUAGUGUGUCUCGAGCAAAUGGAGUGCCAUCAGUGAUGAGCAGAAGAAGUUCAGAUUUGUUUAAGACCAAAAGAAGCUGAAGGAACGAACCGCUGAUUGUUCUACAACUUCAGGGUCUACCUCAGGAUUUGGAUCGAAUCUGUCCUGUGUGGAGCUGAGAUCAUUCUCGGCAGAUAUAUUCGCUUAUCUCCUCUUAAAGGUUUUGAAGGGUCUGCAACUGAAUUUUUUUCAUCUUUCAAAACAUUCCUCAUCUCAGUGGUCUCAAUCAUGGGGGCUACCGGUUAUGGCUAUUACCGCUCUGUCAUUUUCACCUCAAUGUUUUUGGGUUACUUGCUUUACUACUUCAACCGGAAGACGUUCUCCUUUCUGAUGCCAUCGGUAUUGGAGGAGAUCGAGCUAGAUAAGGAGGAACUCGGUCUGAUCACGAGCAGUCAGACCCUGGCAUACGCUAUCAGUAAGUUCAUCAGCGGAGUGCUGUCGGAUCAGAUCAGCGCACGCUGGCUCUUUUCCUCCGGCCUCCUCAUCGUCGGAGCCAUCAACGUGCUCUUCUCUCAGUCCUCUUCCCUCACAGCCUUUACUUUGCUCUGGUUUCUGAAUGGCCUCGGCCAAGGAUUCGGCUGGCCGCCAUGUGGCAAAGUGCUGCGCAAGUGGUUCGAGCCGUCCCAGUUUGGCACGUGGUGGGCCGUUCUGUGCUGCAGCAUGAACCUGGCUGGCAGCGUGGGUCCCAUCAUCACCACACUCCUGGCUCUGUACUACAGCUGGCGGAGCAUCAUCUGCGCCUCCGGUGUCAUCUGCAUGGCCUUCGCUUUUGUCUGCCUGCUGCUGGUGAAGAACGAGCCCAAAGACGUGGGUCUGCCCAGCAUCCAGCACAGCACCAAGAAAGGCAAAGGCAAAAAAGGAACCGUGAACGAUGAGAGCACGUUAAAAGAGUUCCUGCUCUCUCCGUACCUGUGGGUUUUGUCCUUCGGAUACUUGGUGGUGUUCGGGGUGAAGAUCGCCUGCACCGACUGGGGGCAGCUGUUUCUCAUGCAGGAGAAAGGCCAGACGGCCAUGAUGGGCAGUUCGUACAUGAGCGCGCUGGAGGUUGGUGGUUUUGCUGGUAGCCUCGCAGCAGGCUUCAUCUCUGACAGAGCCGUUGCCCGGCAAGGACUGGGCACGUACGGCAACCCCCGACACACACUCCUCCUACUCAUGAUGGCAGGAAUGUCCUUGUCCAUGUAUCUCUUCCGAGUUACCCUCACUCCUGAUGUCCCAGAAGAAGCUCCGUUGUGGGUCAUUGUUCUCCAUCCAAUCUCUGUCCUCACUGGGCUGUCUGAGAAAGAGCUCUGGAUUUUAACUCUCGGUGCUGCUUUUGGAUUUUCGUCGUACGGCCCUAUCGCGCUGUUCGGGGUGAUUGCUAGCGAGAGCGCUCCCUCGAACUUCUGUGGGACAUCACAUGCCAUCGUAGCACUUAUGGCAAAUGUUGGGGCGUUCCUUGCCGGCCUGCCAUUCAGCACCAUCGCCAAGCGCUACAGCUGGGACACGGCCUUCUGGGUAGCGGAGGUGACCUGCACCCUGACCACUGUUUGGUUUUUCAUGCUGCGCAACAUGCGCACGAAAAUGGGACGAGUGGACGAGAAGAAAGACUGACACCCCCCCCCCCCCACCCCCCCACAUACACACACAGAGCCCAACUACAAUACUGAAACCCUGCCAAUGUGAAAUCACUGAGCUACAACAAAGCAACUCAGCAACUGUGUAUCAUCUCUGCUCCGAAAAAACAUUUCUUCACUUAUCGUAUUUGUCUUUAGUAAUAAGUUUGUCUAAAUGAACUCGGCGUGUUCUACACUGAAGUUCUACACUAGCAACUGGAACUUGGGGUUGACUGAGCUAAUAAAUAUCUAUACACUGAAUUACUGAAUAAAUAAAAAUAUAGAAAGCUGGUGCUUGAGCUAAAAAAUUAAUUGAUGAGA